AUGUGUCUGUGGAUUUUAACAGCAUGCCUGGGACUGCUGCCAGGAAAUCAGUACCCCAUUGUGGUUGUGCCUGGUGCACCGGCACCCAUUAUUGUACCUACAGCAGCACCAACAGCAGCACCGACAGCAGCUCCGACACCAGCGCCAACCAUUGGUAAUAUGACCACUGUUCCUACGAUGACUCCUGUGACAAUUGUUACGACGGCGGCGCCAAUAACACUGCCGACGACUAUGCCUGCCGUGACGACUGUGACAAACCUUCCCCAAACGACUACUCUUCCUACUACGAUGAUAACUUCGGCUCCGUCUUCCAACCAACCACCAACUGCAGUGACGACAGCGCAGACUACAGCACAGACUACAGCACAGACUACAGUACAGACCACAGCACAGACUACAGCACAAACGACUUUAGGACCUAUACCAAUCGAUCCCCGUCUUGGCUCCACUAUGGCACCAUCAGCACCGCAAAGUUUGCCACUCAUUGCUUACAAUGCACCCGUGGCUUCGUACAACUCCCCUGUAAACUUUCCCCGAUCACGAAGAAGCGUGAACCGUAAAUAUAGAAUGGAUGUAAAAGACUACAUUAAUGUUGAUGAACAAAAAAAUUGCAAACACAAUAUUAAAAAAAGACAAAGCUGUAUGUGUGUAGCUACUGGAACUUGUAAUCGUAAUUCAGGAGCUGGUUUAAUAGAUAUCAGAAUCGUCACACCGCAAUGUCCAGCUGGUCAGGAAUAUUGUUGUACCGGCACUACUCCUCCCGCUGCAAUAAUUAAUUGCGGCUUAAGACAAGCCGUCCCCGCAACAGCUGUAGCACCAGCGUUUGGUCAGGCUACUUUUGGAGAAUUUCCUUGGCAGGCUAUAAUACUGACAAAACAGAAUGAUUACAUUGCUGGAGGUGUACUUAUCGAUGGAUUAAAUGUAUUGACUGUUACUCACAGACUAUUGCCUUAUGUUGUUUCAGGAACUGCUCCUAAUGUAAAAGUGAGAAUGGGUGAAUGGGAUGCCGGUGGCACAUACGAACCGGUGCCCUUUCAAGAAUAUACUAUCAGCAAAGUGUUCAGCCAUCCAAAUUACAACGCUAAUACAUUGCAAUAUGACAUCAUGAUGUUGAGAUUGGCUUCAGCAGUACCAUUUACACCAACUGCGGGUGCUGCAGUGACUAUUAACAGAGCGUGUCUUCCGGCGGCUGCAAAUACAGCUUACACAGGACAAAGAUGUAUGGUGUCAGGUUGGGGUAAAGACAUGUUCGGUGCGCAAGGCCAAUAUCAACAAAUACUGAAGAAAGUGGAUGUGCCGAUAGUAGCACCAGCGACAUGUCAGACGCAAUUACAGACAGCGCGUUUAGGACCUACCUAUGUACUAGACACCACUUCCUUUAUUUGUGCUGGUGGCGAACCGAGUAAGGAUUCGUGUACAGGUGACGGUGGUUCAGGCCUGGUAUGUCAAGUGAACGGCCAAUGGGUAGUGGUUGGUCUUGUUGCGUGGGGCCUCGGCUGUGCUACCACUAAUGUGCCUGGAGUAUACGUUAACGUGGCCGGAUUCCUUCCCUGGAUACAGCAGCAAAUAGCCACACCUUAA